UCUGAGCGCAGUGAGGGACAAACACGGUGAAGGUUUUUAAAAACGUGCAUGCAGCUGACGAGGGGGAUUUUUAAAAACAUUUCCCAGAAAGACAGCCCUAUAAACUUCAUAUUAUAGAAAGUUCUCCAACGACGACCGACAUUUCGUCUAGGCUCUCCUCUUUUUUUUUUCGCAACUCGGGGGAAAGUUGAGCUCCGGCUGCAGCCUGCAGGGCUCGGAGAUCCACCUCAGAGCAGAAAGUCAGGUCGGUGGUCGGCUGUCGGUUCUGCAGGAAUGUCGCAGAAAGAGAGACCAAAGUUUUAUCGGCAGGAGGUCAACAAGACGAUAUGGGAAGUCCCGGAGCAGUACCAAAGCCUGUCUCCGGUGGGCUCUGGUGCCUACGGAUCCGUCUGUUCUGCUUAUGAUAUGAAGACUGGCUUCAAGAUUGCUGUGAAGAAGCUCUCUCGUCCAUUUCAGUCAAUCAUUCAUGCAAAGAGAACAUACAGAGAGCUGCGGUUGCUCAAGCACAUGAAACAUGAAAAUGUGAUCGGACUCCUGGAUGUCUUUAGUCCUGCUACCUCUCUGAAGGAAUUCACCGAUGUGUAUCUUGUGACUCAUUUAAUGGGGGCUGAUCUCAACAACAUAGUGAAAUGUCAGAAACUCACAGAUGACCACGUGCAGUUCCUUAUAUACCAGAUACUCCGAGGGUUAAAGUAUAUCCACUCAGCAGACAUCAUUCAUAGAGAUUUGAAACCUAGUAACCUGGCAGUGAAUGAAGACUGUGAACUGAAGAUUUUGGACUUUGGUUUGGCACGGCACACCGACGAUGAGAUGACUGGCUACGUGGCCACCCGCUGGUAUCGUGCCCCAGAGAUCAUGUUGAACUGGAUGCAUUACAACAUGACAGUGGAUAUCUGGUCAGUGGGAUGUAUAAUGGCAGAACUUCUCACUGGAAGAACUUUGUUUCCUGGCACUGACCAUAUAAACCAGCUUCAGCAGAUAAUGCGUCUGACAGGAACGCCCCCAGCAUCUCUAAUAAGCAGGAUGCCGAGCCAUGAGGCCAGGAAUUACAUCAGCUCCUUGCCAAACAUGCCCAAGAGAAAUUUUGCUGAUGUAUUCAUUGGUGCCAACCCACAAGCUGUGGACCUCCUGGAGAAAAUGCUGGUUCUGGACACAGACAGGAGGAUAACAGCAGCCGAGGCUCUGGCCCACCCUUACUUUGUUCAGUACCACGAUCCAGAUGAUGAGCCUGAGGCUGACCCGUACGACCAGAGCUUUGAGAGCCGUGAGCUGGAGAUUGAAGAGUGGAAACGAUUAACCUACGAGGAGUUGUGUAGUUUUGAGCCACCUGCAUUUGACGAAGAUGACAUGGAAUAAUGAGAAGUGCUUCACACAACGACCCCGGCAUCCGACGAUUUUUAACAACCUCGUACAUAUGCAUUAUUACUCUCAGACACACACGUAUCAGAGUGCCUGCCAGCGGCUUUAUCAGUCUUUAUUAAUCGACAAAACGUGCUCCAUGUUUAGCUCUUGUAAGGGGAUCAUUACCAGCACGGAGGAAGGAAGAGAUUAUUAUUCUUAUUUAUGAACCACUAAUGUUGAUGGUCUGUUGCUGGGAAAGGUCACUUCUUUCCAAUAGCUGAAAUAAUUUUAUAUUCAUCAGAUUUUGUUUUUUAAUUUUAUUUAGACUUUGAUGACUCAUCACUGUGACACUGAGAUGCUGAAACACCUGGACCUAUAGCUGUGCUAUUUUGUGUUUUAAAUUUUCUAUUGAGUAACUUAUGAAUAAGCUUUUGUGUCUAUCAAUUGAAAAAAAGAAUAUGCUAGUCUGCCACUCACCCUGCCAAGCUAACAGAUACAGCACUGGGUCACGUGUAUUUGUAAAGCGGUUUCUGAUCUUGUUAUCACCAUUAUUGUUCCUAUAUUUAAAAAGAGAUUACAUUGAAGGGUUUCAUAUCUGUGACAGAAGUAGAUUUUAUGUUUUUAUGUGUUUGACAAUUUGAAAAUGUGCCUGUUCUGUGACGUCACUGAUCUGAAGUGCUCAACAGGAUAUUACGCAUUUUAUUUUGAUAGUUUAGUUGCUGUGUCAGGUUUAAAUCUAAUGUUAGGAGAUAAAAUGAAAGCCCUUGAGACUCUUUGACACAUUUUGGCUACACAGAAGAAUCUGAGCCUCUGCUGUUUAAAGGAUGGUGCUGUUCACCACCUAAAUAGGAAAAAAAUAAUAUUCAUGGCGACGCGCUCCUCUCAAAAAUAUGUAAAUAUCUGUGCCAUAUUUUUAAAAGAAAUCUUUGUGAUUACUUUUUGUGGUUCUUAUUAAGCAAUCACUUUUAGCAUGUACAUCAGUUUAAAGACUUUGUGUGUCUGUGAGAGUGUGUUUACAGGAAUUUUAAUUGUCGUGCUAAAACCUCUAAUAGAAAUACUGCUUAAAUGUGUAAAAGAGGGAUUUCAGAUGUAUUUAUACUUUGUGGAGGUGGUAUUUAUAAACAACAAUCGAAUGAUCCCUUAAACUAUUUUCAGUCCAGCAGAGUAACUACUAUCUUCAGUCCUUUGUUUAACAAAUAAAGACUUAUUUUUAAGAGA